CCGAAGCCGCAGGUAGUGUGGUCCACGAGUACGCGGCCCGACUCGAUCGACUGGCGGUUCAGUACCCCGGUUGACGGCCGGCGAGGCGGCGGCGGCAACGGAGCCCUACUGCAAAUUACGCGCACGCCGCCUCUGCGCGAUUUUCUAUCUGUAAAUAUUUUUCGUACACAAACGCCUAAUGUGCAAGUGUCAUGCGAGUCCAGACUUAAUAAAAUAAAAAUUAUUAUAUGUGUUUUGUAAAUCAUCUAACGCAACAUCUUUGAUAUGAUCUUUACCAAUGAAUAAACAAUAAUGGACGUAAAUAUUAAUACUUACGUAUUUGAGGACAAUGACGUUAAUUUAAAGUAGAUUCAGUGUUGUUUCCGAUAUUGGUGUUAAAACUGACGAUCACAUAUUAUGGCCAACAGGAGUGUUACGUUGGCUUGCUUUGAUAAUUUUGACUGUAUCAGAAUCCUGGUGUGAUUAGUGUAAGGAAUUAUAUGUCAAUCCUGUAAAAAGCAGCUGACAAUGGCGGAACGUGAACGUCCUGCUAAAACCCCUAUCAGGGUGGGAUUUUACGACAUCGAGAGGACCAUUGGCAAGGGAAAUUUUGCCGUCGUUAAACUAGCACGACAUCGAAUAACGAAGACUGAGGUAGCAAUUAAGAUUAUAGAUAAAUCACAAUUAGACGCCAGCAAUCUUCAGAAGGUGUACCGAGAAGUGGACAUCAUGAAGAGACUGGAUCAUCCACACAUAAUUAAGCUUUAUCAGGUCAUGGAGACGAAGAAUAUGAUUUACAUAGUUUCCGAAUAUGCAAGUAAAGGAGAAAUUUUCGAUUACAUCGCAAGGUAUGGCCGGAUGGCGGAGCAGGCUGCAAGGAGAAAGUUCUGGCAAAUUCUAUCAGCUGUCGAGUACUGUCACGAAAGGCGGAUCGUGCACAGGGAUCUUAAGGCGGAGAACUUAUUACUGGACGCGAACAUGAAUAUCAAGAUAGCCGACUUCGGAUUCAGUAACUACUACGCCACUGGAGAACUCCUGGCGACUUGGUGCGGGUCCCCUCCCUACGCCGCCCCAGAGGUCUUCGAAGGAAAGCGGUACACCGGACCAGAAAUUGACAUAUGGAGUCUCGGAGUGGUGCUUUACGUGCUGGUCUGCGGAGCACUGCCCUUUGACGGCUCCACCCUCCAGUCGUUAAGGGAUCGGGUACUGUCGGGAAGAUUCAGGAUACCCUACUUUAUGAGCGAAGACUGCGAAUCAUUGAUCCGCAAGAUGUUGGUGCUGGAACCUAUGAAGCGAUAUACCAUAGAGCAGAUCAAGAAGCACCGGUGGAUGGCAGCGGAGCCAUACGUGGUGCCGUCGGUUGUGGCAGACCCGGCCCGGAGCCCUGCGCACGCGCCUGUACAUCAUGAGCCUAACGAACAGGUGCUGAGAUUGAUGCAGAGUUUGGGAAUCGACCCUGUUAAAACUAAAGAGAGUCUCCGAUCCAAUAGUUACGAUCAUCAUGCAGCAAUCUACCUUCUUUUAUUGGAACGUCUUCGAGCGAGGGCGGCCAGUGGGGCAACUGUGGCGUGCUCUGAAGCAAGAAAUAGACCUUCCAGACGACCUUCUUCUGUGGCGGACCAAGCUCUUUCAAGAGACGUCCAUGACGGAAGAAGAGAACAUCAUACGAGAUUACUACACACUGGUGAUUCCACAUCAAGGGAGUACAGUAGGGCAACACCUACAAUAUCAGCUGCUCCAGCCGAUUCAUCGACUUCUGAAACGCAGCGGUUGUUGUCCCUCGCAGGUGUGAACAUGACUGAACAAAGACUGCUCCAGCGAAAUCCCGACUCGGACACGCAUCGGAGCUUCCUUGUCGGAAACCUCGACGUUGCAUCCAGGGGUCACGAAGCAGAGUCAACAAGGCUGCUGUCUAUGAGAAAUAUCGAUGUAACACAAUCCACUCAAAGAUUAGGCACGAAGCUUAAUGAAGGCAUCGUCCCCACUCAUAGGUUACUCACUUCAACAUAUGAACAGCAACAAAAUAUAUUAAAACAAUCAAGCGAAGACUGCAGACGACUACUUCAACAAUCGACAACAGUCGGUCCCGAAACAAAUAAAAGUACGAACGACGGAACAAGAUUGCUGACGUCGUCUAGUUUUGAUUCUAAAUGUGCUAUAGACGGGGGGAGAAAUUCAUCGACCAAUGAUCAUAACGUCAUUGCAAAUUUUCUGCAAAAUUCUGCUUCAGCAACAAAUUUCAACGCAGAAACCGUUAAGUUACCCAGCUCGACGACAUUUACAAUGUGUUCUGAAGCAGCUAAGUUAAUGAAUACUUUGCAGCAGUCUCCUCUGCCACUGAAAGGAACUGUAAACUUAAGCACUAGUCCAAUACCGUCGCAAUUAACUGAUACCAAACUUAGUAGUGUAUUAGAGCAACCAAAGCCAUUAGAAUCAACUAGAUUAGUUUCACAAGCUCAGCAACAGGAUUUAAACCGUUUGCAAACCAGUACACCUCCAGUCAAAGACUAUAUGAAUCAUCUUCCAACCUAUUCAUAUUUGCCAAUGCCGCCCAUUCCAAAUACAAAUGAAACAAAUUUUCCUGCAACUGCUACAGCCACUGGUGAUUUAUUUCCAAAUUCAUUAUAUAGGCCAGAUAGCAAAUUUUCUUUAAACAGAUAUACUACGGGUCAGACUUAUACACAAGCUAUGCAAAGUAAUGCUACGACUGAAACUACAAAAUUUCAACAGCAGUAUUCAUCGUCAACCGACGAAGGUUGCGAGACAGAUAUGGAGGAUGUAGCGAGCGUUCCAAGUGGAGUCCAAAACAGAUUAAGCUCAUGUGCUAGUUCUAGUUCCAGCAGCGGAGUCAUCACUUUUUUUAAUAACAAAAGCCUCAGUCAGAAUUUAAGCUGUGACUCAUCACAAAGUAAUUUUUCUACAUUUGAAAGCCUGGAUUACCAACUAUCAGACUGUUCUAGUGAAUUAGCCAGCAGCCUACCAAGUUGCACGUCCAAUGAUGACAAACUUGCCUAUGAAAAUAGUUCAUUAGUCAAUACAAGCCCUAUGCAUCCGUGUGUUUAUAUAUCUUCGUAUAAUAAUAAAACAUCAGGAACUGGGUUUAUUGCUCGUCAUAAUCCAAUCAACUAUCAAACCGCUAAUAAAAACUGUCCCAGAGCAAUUAAUCGCAGCCCAGUGGACUUCAGAGAAGGACGACGAGCAAGUGACGGUUUAGUGGCACAACAGGCUGCACAAACUAAUGACACUCAAAAAAAUUGUUUGGCAUUCAAUAGUCAAAGAUUGAACGAAAAUUGUAAAGCGAAAGGAGUAUUAGAACUGCACUUAGUUCAGAAAGAAGCACAGAAGUUGAAAACUCAGUAUCAGUCUACAAUUCCUGCCGAAGAGAUGACCCAAAGGCAACUGCAACAUAAUCAAUUUGCUGCCAGCUUUAGUCCUCAUUACUUAGAGAAGAACCCUACCAAACGCAUCAGUCUUCCGGAAACCUUUAAUUAUUCAAGUACAUCACCGCCCAUGCCUGCUAGUCCUAAAAUGGUGGCUCAGUUACAAGAACCGACAGAAUUACCUCACGGAGCUACGGUAUCACAAGUCAGUAAGCCACCUUUGCAGCAGCAGUUAAUGCAACACAGGCUGUUCCAACAAAAGCGACAACUACUGCAGAAGCAGAUGACUCCUCCUAACUUGCCUGCUCACGACAUGGGCCCUCUUCACAGUCUUGCCGUCUCCGGGCUUAGUAGGCGACAAAUGCUCCGCCAACAAAGUUACAAAAUAGCCCAACAGCAGCAAAUCUUACCGCCUUUACCCCUGACCGAAACGGAGAACCGAGACCUGCUCGCGUUCCAAGCUAUAGUGGAAGGGCCGCAUCGUUCUCCGAAACCGAAAGAGGAGAGUGAGGAGGCGUCGAAGUUUGCGUAUCAAGGAUCGAUGGAGAUAAGCAUAAUGAAUAAGGACAGGCUCGGGAACGAGAAUUGGUCCAACUUGCCGUCCAGCUUGCAGAGCGCGUGCCAGAUCUCGGAGCUGUCGGCGCGGCGCGAGGCGGGCGCGGAGGGCGGCGCGCCGGCCGCCGACGCGCUGUGGCCCGCGCAGUGGAACGCCGGCCUGUUCCAGCCGCCGCCCUGCUUCCAGGUAUUCCGACAGAUCAACUAGUUAGUAGAUCUCCACGUAAUUAGAGCGUAGAUUUGGUAGUGUCGAUGGGGGCAUAAACGCUCAUCACCAGGUGUUGCAUGCUGAUUAGAAUUAUUUGCAAUUAUUUUGUAUUAUUCCGUAUACUAAAUUGGAAUUUAUUAUAGAUAUGAACAAGAAAAUUUUAACUGUAUUCUCCUGUUCCGUAAUAAUUUGUAGUAAGUAACAAUAAUGGCGUUGUAAUUUUCAUUUUAGUACGGGACCUGUAAGAUAUUAAAAUUGAAACUCCACCUCAGUGACAAUUAAUAAUACUUGCCCCCACUAUUUGCACGCAGAGUGAGUUUGUUGCGUAGCUUUAAAGUUAGAACAGCGACUUGAUGCGUUCACUAGAUCAAUUUGUUGGUCUCAUGUUGUUCAUAUUCGUUAGGCAUCGUAUUAUGAGCAUAAUGUUGACGUUGCAUAAAAUCACCAGUAUGAAUUUUAGAAUGCAUGACAAUAAUUAGUGCUUUAAAUUAUGUAUUACGUUACACGGUUCAUAUUAUAGGUAUAAUGUGUAUUGAAAGCAUUUCGAUGUUCAAAUGACUGCCAUUAAUCUGAUUCAAUUAAUAAUCACAAAAUUAUGAAUUUAACAAUUAUGAAUAUUAGUCGUUAUAAUUACUUAUGGCAGCGAUCAAUUAUAUGAAAGGAAAUUUGCACAGAAUACAUUAUAAACUAAAAUACUAUGUACUCAAUAAUUAUAAUUGUUUUGAUUUUCAUUCCUAAUUAAGUGUCGUUUAAUAAAAUUCAUCGUUUUACUCUAUUCCAUUAUGGAUACUUGCCAAUGUAUUAUUUUAUCAAGACCUAUAUUAUUUUUACCAUUGUAAUACUGCAUUUCAUGUUUUUCAAACAUAACUUCAAUGUUCCUAAGUAAAUAUUUGUCUACUUCAUGGUACAUUAUAAGGUCUAUAUUUAUUAUAAUUAUUCUAAGUUAUUUGAUAAUUUCUUAACGAAAGUCUGUAUAGAAUUUUUGUUAUUAUUUGCAAUUUAUAUUAUAAUAUAUAAGAUGUGAUAGCUUUACUUAGAAGCAAGUUUUAUUUAAAAUGUAAGUAAAUGUAAUAUGUAUAAUA